AUGUCUGCAGAGGAGGAGGUCAUCAUCUUGAAGGAGAGGGUGCGUCAGUUGGAGGCGGAGCUCCGUCACCUGGAGGAGUCACCAGCAGGGGGUGUACAGGACGGGGACAAAUCACGGAAGGGUGGUCAGUCGGCGAAGCAGCGCUCGCAGCGUCCCUUUGAUUUCUCCGCCCACCCCAGGAAGCAUGUGGCGCUGCGGCUGGCGUACCUCGGCUGGAACUACCAAGGCUUCGCCAGCCAGGAGAACACCAGCAACACGGUGGAGGAGGUCAUCUUCAACGCCCUGACCAAGACCCGGCUGGUGGAGAACAGGCAGACGGCCAACUACCACCGCUGCGGGAGGACCGACCGGGGGUGUCAGUGCGCUGGGACAGGUGAUCUCCCUUGACCUGCGCUCGGCCCCGGAGGGGAAGGCCGCCGUCCGCUAUGCGCAGAUGUUGAAUCGCGUUCUUCCUGCGGAUAUCCGGGUGCUGAGCUGGGCCGUGGUUCCCUCCACCUUCAGCGCCCGCUUUAGCUGCCGUUCCCGGACGUACCGCUACUCAUUCCCUCGCGCUGAGCUGGAUGUGGAGGCCAUGGACCGCGCCGCCCGCAUGCUGGAGGGGACUCACGAUUUUCGAAAUCUCUGCAAAAUGGACGUGGCCAAUGGGGUGAUGAAUUUCAUCCGCACGGUGCUCAGUGCCAGGGUGGAGCCUGUUCCAGAUGUCCCUGGGGAGGACGGCCCCUUCCAGCUCUACCAUCUUCAGAUCAAAGGAUUGGCCUUCCUCUACCACCAGGUGCGCUGCAUUAUGGGAGUCCUGUUCCUGAUUGGACAGGGCAAGGAGGAGCCCGAGGUGAUCAAAGAACUUCUGAAUGUGGAGAAGAACCCGUGCAAGCCCCAAUACAAUAUGGCGGUGGAAUUUCCGUUGGUCCUCUAUGACUGCCAGUUUGAUGAGGUGGAUUGGGUCAGUGAGAAGGACGUUCACACCAUCACAAUGUCUCACCUACAACGGAUGUGGACACAGGAAGCUAUGAAGACGCAGAUCCUGCGAAUGGCGCUGCAGUGUCUGGACUCCGUGCCGGUUGCUAUGGAUACAGGUCAGGAGCCAAUGCCGUGGAGUAGCCAUCAGACGGAGGUGUGGUCAGUCACAGCAGAGGCCUGGUGGAGAUUGUGGGGUGUGAGCGCCCGCGCACCUACACUCCACUGAUGAAGAGGGCGCUGUGUCAGGGUCUGGAGGAGAGAGUGCAGCACUACAUUAAACGUGGGAGGCUAGUGGCGCCCCCCCUGGAGGAGAGAUACGGGCAGACAGAAUACGGAGGGCGUCGAGCUCAGCAGUCAGGAAAACCAACGAGAACGCCUAAAUAGAGAGGAAGAGAGUGCGGUCAGGAAACCCCCAGCACAGAGGAGGAGCCAGUAUAG